AGAUGCGUUCAGGAGGCCGGAAGUUGCGCCCUCACUACUCGCCGUUUCAAAAUGCUGCUGAGGCCUUAGGGCCUGAGACUGACGCCCCCUCCCCCCCCCCGGGCUCGGCGGGGGAGCGACUCAUGGAGCGGCCGUAAGGAUUUAUCAACAGACUGCAAUUUCUUCACUGCCAAAAUGACAUCAUUUUCCACCUCUGCCCAGUGUUCAACUUCUGACAGUGCUUGCAGGAUCUCUGCAGAACAAACCAAUCAGGUACGACCAAAACUGCCACUUUUGAAGAUUUUGCAGGCAGCAGGUGCACAAGGUGAAAUGUUCACUGUUAAAGAGGUCAUGCACUAUCUAGGCCAGUACAUAAUGGUGAAGCAGCUUUAUGACCAGCAGGAGCAGCAUAUGGUGUAUUGUGGUGGAGAUCUUCUGGGAGAACUGCUAGGACGUCAGAGCUUCUCCGUGAAAGAUCCGAGCCCUCUCUAUGAUAUGCUAAGAAAGAAUCUUGUCACUUUAGCCACUGCCACUACAGAUGCUGCUCAGACUCUCGCUCUCGCACAGGAUCACAGUAUGGAUAUUCCAAGUCAAGACCAACUGAAGCAAAGUUCGGAAGAAAGUUCCAGUUCUAGGAAAAGAAUGGAAGAAGGCAAUAUACCUACACUGCCUACCUCACAACAUAAAUGCAGAAAUUCUAGAGAAGGUGAAGACUUCAUAAAAAACUUAACCCAAGGUGAGACCUCUAAGCUGGACCUUGGGUUUGAGGAGUGGGAUAUAGCCGGAUUGCCUUGGUGGUUUUUAGGAAACCUGAGGAACAACUAUACACCUAGAAGUAAUGGCUCAACUGAUUUACAGACAAAUCAGGAUAUAGGUACUGCCAUUGUUUCAGACACCACAGAUGAUUUGUGGUUUUUGAAUGAGUCUGUAUCAGAGCAAUUUGGUGUGGGAAUCAAAGUUGAAGCCGCAGAUACUGAACAAACAAGUGAAGAAGUAGGGAAAGUAAGAGACAAAAAGGUGAUUGAAAUGGGAAAAAAUGAUGACCUUGAGGACUCCAAGUCCAUAAGUGACGAUACUGACGUAGAAGUUACCUCUGAGGAUGAGUGGCAGUGUACUGAGUGCAAGAAAUUUAACUCUCCAAGCAAGAGGUACUGUUUCCGUUGCUGGGCCUUGAGGAAGGAUUGGUAUUCAGAUUGUUCUAAGUUAACCCAUUCUCUCUCCACGUCUGAUAUCACUGCCAUACCUGAAAAGAAGGAAAAUGAAGGAAUUGAUGUCCCUGAUUGCCGAAGAACCAUAUCAGCUCCAGUUGUUAGACCUAAAGAUGUGUAUACAAAGGAAGAAAACCCUAAACUUUUUGAUCCCUGCAACUCAGUGGAAUUCUUGGAUUUGGCCCACAGUUCGGAAAGCCAAGAAACCAUAUCAAGCACGGGAGAACAAUCAGAUAACCUUUUUGAACAGAGAACAGAUACAGAAAACAUGGAAGAUUGCCAGAAUCUCUUGAAGCCGUGUAGUCUGUGUGAGAAAAGACCACGAGAUGGAAACAUUAUUCAUGGGCGGACGGGCCAUCUUGUCACUUGUUUUCACUGUGCCAGAAGAUUAAAGAAGGCUGGGGCUUCAUGCCCUAUUUGCAAGAAAGAGAUUCAGUUGGUUAUUAAGGUUUUUAUAGCAUAGCUAACUCAGUGAAUUGCAGAAAAUAUUAACAGGGCUAGGUCAUGUUUCAAAAUGUCAGUAUUGAGCAUCUCUACUCAGUGUAGCCCAUUACAUCUGUUUAUUUAUUUGGGUAAACAUCUGUGUUCCCCAACAUUUUUGCUUCUAAACUUAUAUGGAAUUUGAGAAUGAGUUCUUUAGAACUAGGUUGCCAAUUUGGGGGACGCUGUUAACAUGAAAAGAUACGUUAACCACUUCAUUCUCUCCUCAAAGAUGAGGAUCUGGGAGAAAGCAACUGCCAGUACUAACAAAAAUACAUUAAUUCGCUCACUUACCAAAUUAUUUGAAGAUUUACUAUUUCUUUAGUUAAUUGUAUUCCCCAUUCUUUUUUUCUGUUAGGGAAUGUUAUUAGGCAUUAGGAUCCAAGGUGGCUAUUAGAAAAAUAUUAAAGCUAACAAAAGAAAUAAUAAUAAAUUUGAUUAGUCAAGGUAUGUAAUGCUAUAUAGAUUGUUGCAGUCAGGCUGCACGAUUCAGAUAAGCUAAAAGAAAAGUCUUGAAAAACAAGCGCUUUCUCCAUGUGUGCCUAGAACAAUGGUAUGGAGCAUUUUUGCUAACAUACUCCUAAAAGAAUUUUGAAAAAGUAUAUAUAACCUUUUGCACAUUUUACACCAUGAGGUAUGUAAUUAACAGACAAAGUUUCCUUUCUGGUGAGUUGUAGACCUCUGAGUAGCCAGCCUAAGACAAGCAAUGGAACAUGUCUGUCUCCUUAGAAUGUUUCCCUUGUUCCUCUUUCCAAGCAGUUCCCCCUCCAUUUCGUGGCUCUCAUUCUAGGUUAGCUGUCCUUUUGCACAUGUUUAGUGUGACAUCUAAAUUUUAAAAAUACCUUUAAAUACUUAGAAAGGGUACCCUAUCCAAUAUAUUGUCUAUGUGCCUUAAAAACAUUUUUCUCAAAGCCUUGGAGCUGUAGGUUUCGUUGAUUAAAGUUAUAGAAAAAGUCCUGUCAUAUAAAGUAGCAAAGCUGUUCUCAUUUUAAAAUUCAUCAGCCAAAUCAGAUUUCACUUUCAGUCAGAAAAUGUUUGACUUUAUUUUUAAAAAUAAAUGCAUUAACACAUUUCUGGCACGACCGUCUCAAUUACAGUUCUAAGGUAGGUAAGGCAUAGAAUUUUUAACCUAAGCUCCCAUUGCUUUACUCUGUCCUCAUUAUCUUCUGAGAAUCAUUCCUCUGGAGGUUUUUUUUUUGUUCUUUUAUUGGAUGCCUCUAGAGGGUUUUUACAUUCUGAGGCAAUGCCCCAUAGUAAGAUUCUAGAUGGGUGAGAGGCAGCCUUUCCUUUGGAAAUAGGGAGUUAUGGCGGUUGUGAAAAGGAUAAUAAGAAAAAUGGUAGAUCUGAAGAAGCCUUAUCUGAGCACAUUAAUCUUAGGACAGUACAAAUGGAAGUUGAAGACCUUUAAGCUGAUGUCUUUAUACCUAUCCCUGCCUGCUUUCUCCAUGGAAAAAUCUUGAAGUAUGCCCAGGGGUAUGCAUAUGAGAUUUUGGCGACGAGGGCCCUACAAUUAACAAAUUUACUGAUCCAAAAAAUUACCUGGGUUGCUUGUUAAAACAGCCCAAGUUUAAAAAAAAAAAAAAAAAAAAAAGCCAAACUCAAACCCCCUCCCUCCACUUUGCCCUGGAGUUUCCAUUUGAACGUGUGUUCCUGGAAGCUGAUUCAAGUGGUCCACAGACCACACUUUGGGAAGCCCUGCCCUAGAAGGAAGGGUUUUCCCAGUUACAAGAAGUAGAAUGAACAAGAUCAUUUUUAGCAGGGUAUUUAAUUUUCUGAGGGGGAGUUUUGUUAAAAGUUCUAGAAUUUUAAAACUCGAAUGCACUCAUAUACUCAAGCCCCUGUUAUUUUGCACUUGAGGCUAAAUUUAAGGUUAAAUGACUGUCAAAAGUCACAGCUAGUGAUGCAGCUGUUACUAGAAUCUAGGUAACUUGUAGUAAAUCUCUAAACCAUGCUCGCUCUCUUGUCAUUGUUAAAUAUAUAAAGUGGGAUGCUUCUCGAAUUUGGGGUAGCUCAUCAUCCUAAAAUAUUGCAGAAUGUGACUUGCAGCCAAACUAGGACUUUAGAGAGAGUAAUAACUUUUAACACUUUCUCCCCAAAGAAAAAGGCCCUAUAAAUGUCAGGCUUCUAUAAUCAGAUGUCCUCCCACAGGGAGGACAGAUAAAGGUGCAGAGGAGCCUGAUCCAUUGUCUCCAGUAUUGUUCCUUCUUGGGGAAGGAAGUUAAGUUUCUGGCUCUCUCUAGGCAUCAGGGACAAGGGUUUGUUUUCCUUCUAGAAGUAGAACUAGUCCUUUGAGUUUAGUGUUUUGUUAAACCAUGGUAAAUGCUCCACCACUCCUGCAAUUUAAAUGGCUUUUUCCCCUAUUUUCUCUCAAGUACUACUCUCUUCAUAAUAGUUUGAUAGCCCUCAAUUUUGUUUGAUUUUGCCAGUUCGGGGCUUUUGCAAAUGGUAACUUAAAGGAGGGACAGGGAGAGUUGGGGAUCUGCACUUGUACCCUCUGAUUCCUCUUAUGAAAAGUUGCAGGUUUUUUUAGAAAAUUAAAAAAUGGGAAAAUUUUGUGUUUGUAGAUAUUUGAUGCCAGUUUUGGUACAUCCUUGCCUAGCACAGGAUCCUCUUUUGCUACUCAACUUUCCUUCUCCCCCUUGCUCACCUGGGUUUUAUACUGUCCCCAUUACCACGAAAUACUUUGCGUAGAACAUCCCAAGCUGUAUGUUUGAGCUGUGAGUGGUAUAAUAACCUGGACUCGGGUUUCCUGGAUCUCUGAUGAGAGCCGAGAGCCGUGGGACUGACUGCAGCUGUUACAGAGAAACGAGUGAUAGUAUCUGCAGGAGGAGGCAGCUGGUAUUUCUCGGUAGCUUAUCUGAAAUCUGGGAUGCCGCUUCCCCUGCACAUUGUUUCCUUCAUCCCGGAUCCCUAUCCUGUGUAAUCACCCCUGGGAGUGUAGGAUAGCAAGUAGGACUUGUCAUUCCUUGGGGUAGAAUGGGUGAAGAGUCCUACAAAGGGCCACAUAACGCUAUCAGAGCAGUUCAUUACCUGCAUCUUGAUUUGUUUUUGGUUUUGUUCUUUUUUUUUCUCAUGCUACUGCGGUACAGGUAUAUUUUACUCACUGCCGGUAAAGCAAGACAUAGUUUGUACGUGAAGUCUUCAUAGUUUUACUUCUGCCAGGUAAAUUCCUAAUUUCCAAACACUACUAUUUAUCUUUUAGUUGUAUUUAGGGUGGACAGUGUGCUCUGGUGUUCUGGAAACAGUGCCAGUUUACCGCUCUUUUUUUAGCAGCCCGUCUGAUUUGUCUCCUUUUCUCCCUUUUCACUCCCAGAUGCUUGAGUGGAAAUCUUGAUUGUGAGGAGGGAUCUCUUAAAGGGGGUGCCAGUGGAGUUUAACUUUUCUGCAUCAUGCCAUAGAUUUGUGAUCAAUGAAAUCAUACCAUAUUAGCACCAAAUUUCUUUUUCUCCUUCUUUCUCUCUUCUUUCUUUCUCUUUCUUUCUUUCUUUCUUUCUUUCUUUCUUUCUUUCUUUCUUUCUCUCUCUCUCUCUCUCUCUCUCUCUCUCUCUCUCUCUCUCUCUCUCUGUGUCUUUGUCUUUCUUUCUCUUUCUUUCUGUCUUUCUAAGUAAUCUCUAUCCCCCAUAUGGAGCUUCAACUUCUGACCGAGACCAAGUUGCAUGCUCUACUGACUGAGCCCAGCCAAGCGUCCCAGCAUCAAAUUUCUUAUUUUAAUUACCAUUAUUAAUAUUUAUGAUCAGGUUACCCUGGACAGAAAAUUCAGAGCAAAAGUGACAAAUCUUAAGAAACAAUGAAUUUUUAGGUUACAGCUAAAAAUGUCUCCUGUCUCAUUAACUCCCUGUACUUGCACUGUACUUAUAAUAUUUGCUAUGCUUUUGUAUUAAAUACUUAAAUCAGACUUUAUAAAAAUCUUAAGACCAAUGCAUAUUGCCAUUUUUUCGUAGUCCAUCUAUGGAAUAUCACAGGUUCUCAGUCCUAGGCUUGAACAAUGGGUCAGCGUCUAGCCAAGCCAGCCUACAAACUGCCAUGAACUUUUCUAAUAUAAGAUGGAAUCACUGCCAAGCAUUUGAAAUAUGCAGUUGUGUUUUAAUAAUAAUUUAUGUAUAUUUAGGUGUAUAUAAUGCUUUGUAGGACAUUGUUUUAUUUGUGAGAAUUUUUAAUGGUCAGGAUCAUUUGUAACCUUUUUUUUUUUUUUUUAAUGUCAACUCAAUGCAAUAUUUGGCUCCUUUGAAAAGUCAUUAAUGAGAAAUUGGUGAAUGCUAGAUCUUGGGUUCUGCAGAAGUAUUGUGUUAUCUCUUGGUUCUCUUUAGAAAGGAGGAAUCUUGUUAACCAGUUAUUUGCCCGACCCCCCCCAACCCCCCCCCCCCCGCCCCGAGAGUUAUGUGAACUUUGAACUAUAUGCCUUUAGAUACUGUGAAUCUGUUGUUUUCCAUUUAGCCAAGUAUCUACUUAAAUUGUUCAUCAGAGCCCUAAAGAAGAAUUUACUUUGAUGGUUCUCUUCAUUCAUGGGUGUGUAUAUAUGUAUGUACAUACACUAUCAAGACUGCUACUGCCUUUGCUGAAAAUGGCUAUAAAAUAGGAACUAGCUGUGUUUAGGAUCUGCACUUCAAAGAGAAAAAACCUGUAAGCUCUCCCCUGUGCCAAAAGCAAAAUGUGCAAUGUUUACAAAUGUCUGGAAUUUUGCACUGCCGUAGGGUAUGCUGAGGUUACUUUGCUGGAAUGGUCCGGAAGGUGAUUAAUGGAGUUGCAGUUCAGCGUAUGAGGAGAGAUACUGAGGGUCUACAGCUGAACUGAGGUAGUGGUUCAGGUGACUCCCUGGCCUAAUUUGGGGACAGUUUUUCCAGACUGCUUUGGGACAUCCUUUCCGUGGACAGAGCUUUCCUCGGUCACCAUUGCUACAUUCGUCCUUUACAGGAGCCGCCAGAUCUCUUCUCACCUGUGGGAGAUUGUAUCCUAAGCAUUUUGAGAUCUUUUGAUAGAAUGAACGUGCAAUCCCCAGUAAUGCCAUUACUGGUGCGUGUGACCUUGUUAAAGAAAAUACAACCUUAAAAAACACUCGGGUUUACUGUACCUCCGUCAGAGCCUUUUGAAUUACUGAAAAUGUUACAGAGAAGUGUAUCUGCAGCAGAAGUAGCUGAUAUAUCUCUUGGUAGCUUAUCCGAAAUCAAAGAUGUUGCUUGUCCUGCAGAUUGUUUUCCUUUAUCCAGGAUCCUUAUUUGAUACCUUCUGGGAACGUAGCACAACAAGUGAGAGUCCUUAUUUCUUGGGGUAGAAUGGGUCAGGGAUCUUGAAAAGGGUCAGGUGCUAUAGAGUAAUUCCUGUGUCAGAACAGUCGCUAUCGUUCGGCAAAUGCUUUCUCGAAAGUUGACAUAAUCACUAGAACACUGACACCUAUCAGGACACCUAAUGUCUUAUCCUAAGGCUUUUUUUUUUUUUUUUUUUUUUUUUUUUUUUAACAGCUACCUUGGCGUCCUACCUUUCCUCUUCCUUCUUCCCUUACUGUUGCUCUUUUUUCCUCAGAGUUCAAAGAGGUCUGCUUCUGGAUACUGCUUUUAUACCAAAGGCCUUCUGUAUCACCCCCUGGGUGGUGGUACCUACAGUGAUCUUUAGAUAAGAUUCCUCUUUUCCAGUCAGUCUGGGGGAGUGUUUCUGUUGGAGAGUUAGGCGGCAGAUUCUAGCAAUCAGGAGGGGAAGCUGUGACAUCAGAGCUACUAUCUAAUAAAAAACAACUCGUAGUUUAGUUUAGGUUUCCUUUGUGUCCAUGAUGGAAGAACAGGGAGGGCAAUCAGGGCCACUGUUGUCUCCGCACUAAGAAAUUGAGGCCAGCCUUCCCCUUUCCUACAGGACUUUUUUCCCCUUCAGUUUGCCUUGCUUUUUCACUCCUUUUAAAAUAAUCAAAAUGUCUCCUUUUGGGUUUUUUUCUUUCCUCCUUUUAAAAAUAAUAGAAAAUGUUUUAAAAGGGGAAUGAAAUGUUUCUGGCCUCCUCAGCACUUGGCAAGGUAGAAGUUGUAAGCAGCCUUUGAACAGGACUCUGUCCUUAGUCUGUAGGCACUAUUAUGUGCCUUUUGGAUAGAGAUAAGGAGUAAGAUCAUUCCACCCUCUGUGGUCCUGGUCUUGACCUUCUUAAGCCUCAGUUUUUCUCAUCUGUAAAAUGAAUACUUGUACUACCCUUUUUCUACCUCAUAGUUUGUUAUAGAGAUAAAGGAUGCGGGAGCAACCUAACCUGUAAAUUGCUUUAAAUAAGAUGUUAAGAAUUGUUAACCAAGCUCUGGGGUAUGUAUUCAGAAUACCUCAUGUUCUGGAAGCCGAGCACAAGCUCCUCUCUAUGCCUGCCUAGCAGAGCCUAUGUUGCUUCCUUAUACCCAUGCCUCUAGCCCAUCUAUUCUUUCCUUGCUAUGAAGCUCUUGACUAGAAAAGAGGCCAUCUCUAGGUUCUGAGAGAAGUGUGUGUAAAUUUGGAUAGUAGAUACAACUGCCACGCUAUGGUCUUGAUCCACGAAAAUUUUCUACGUGCACUUGAGUUGGUGGCCUAAAAUGCACUGCCAAUACGCCGAAAACAUGCAGUUUUCCAAAUAACAUAUCUCAUCAGGUAGCAUAACUGACAGGAGUGUAGCCAAUGUGCUUGCAUCGCGUGGAAGGAAAAAAGCAACUUCAAGUAACUGAAUGUGGCCAGCUUAGUAAAUGGGGAAAGGAGACAGCUUCAUGUGUUCUCAUCUAGUCCUUUUAAGCGCCAAUAAAAUAGCUCUGUAUCUUUUUGGUUUUUGCACUAUGUAAUGCUUUUAAUCCCUGUUGAUUCUGUUGUGCCUUUUUGUGUAUUAAAUAUUUUUCGUUUUGC